GUACUCAGUGCGCGGGUGGCAACUGGCAAAAGAUCAAUGGGAAUGAUUGAGAGUGGAGGAGUGGCGUGCAAGUGCACGGGAAGGAGAAGCUACGGUUUCAGAGAAGCGACUUUCCAUGAAAAUAGAAUCUUUCUGAGUAAUCUCCGGAGCGUUUCGAUGACUCCUCUGCUCCUAAACGGCCUCUGUUGUACUCGAUGGCCAUCUGUUGCUGGUACAAGAACCUGCAUUCUCAGCAUGGAUGACCGAGAGAAAUCAGGAUCCACGAUGUUGGAAUCAUCUAGACAAAAGAGGGUCCCCCUAUAUGUGAUGAUGCCUGCUGACACAUUUGGAAUUGAUGCUUCUGGGAGUCCAAGGAUCAGAAAAAUCAAGGCCAUAACUGUAUCUCUAAAAGCACUCAAGUUGGCAGGUGUCCAUGGAAUUGCAGUUGAGGUUUGGUGGGGAAUUGUAGAGCGUUUCUCUCCUCUUGCAUACAAUUGGUCUCUCUAUGAGGAGCUUUUCCAACUGAUAUCUCAAAUGGGGUUGAAGUUGCACGUUGCCUUGUCUUUUCACUCAAACAGGCGUACAUCAUCUAGUGGAAGUGGAGGUGUUAGUCUUCCCCUGUGGAUUCUGGAGAUUGGUGAACACAAUAAAGAUAUAUACUAUCAAGACCAAAAUGGAUUUUCCAAUGAUGCUUAUCUUACAUUAGGAGUGGACCAAAUUCCUCUGUUUUGUGGCCGGACUGCCAUCCAGUGUUAUGAAGACUUUAUGUUCAGUUUUUUUAACAAAUUUGACUCCUUCAUUGGAAAUGUGAUAGAGGAGAUAAGUGUCGGUCUUGGUCCUUCCGGAGAACUUAGGUAUCCGGCCCAUCCUUUUGGUGAUGGCAGAUGGGAGUUUCCUGGAAUUGGUGAAUUUCAGUGUUAUGACAAAUACAUGAUGGAGGACUUGAGGAUGGCAGCAGCCCAAGAAGGAAAGCCUCAGUGGGGAGACAAGGGCCCACAGAAUGCUGGCUAUUACAACAGUCUCCCAUCUGGGGUCCCUUUUUUUGGCGAAGGAGAAGAAGGCUUUCUUUCUGAUUAUGGUCGGUUUUUCCUUGAAUGGUACAGUGGUAGGUUGAUUCAGCAUGCAGAUGCUAUUCUUGCAAAGGCAGCUAAUAUGUUGAAGAAGUAUCAAGAAAACAAGAGAACUACUGUUAUAUUAGUGGCUAAAAUUGGUGGCAUAUAUUGGUGGUACUGGACAUUUUCACACCCUGCUGAACUUACUUCUGGUUACUACAACACUGCUUAUAGGGAUGGUUAUGAUCCUAUUGCUCUGAUGUUGUCUCGUCAUGGUGCUGCAUUGCACAUUUCCUGCUUAGAAAUGUUGGACAGUGAAACCUCACCAGCCUAUCUUUGCAGCCCAGAAGGAUUACUUGAACAGAUACGGACUGUUUCAAAGAAAAGGACAAUACGUUUGAUUGGAAGAAAUACCAAUGAACAAUUUAACAAGGCUGGAUUAUGUCAAAUAUAUGCAAACUGUUACCAUCCGAAGGCAGUUGUAAGAGCAUUUACUUUUUUCAGAAUGAAUGACAAGAUUUUUAGGGUUGAAAACUGGAAGAACUUUGUCCCCUUUGUUAGAAAGAUGAGCACAGGUUUGUAAAAUACCUCUAAACCCAAUUUUUAACCAUUCACUAAAGGUGGUCCCACUUCCCUAGGAUUAUGUAAGUGUUUGUAACUUGCUAACUUAUUGAAUGAUCUACCUUUUUAUUCAGAUUUAGUGUAUCUGGAGACCUGAAUUUCGAUAAUACUGGACAGUUACUCAAAGCAACAAAAUUUUUAUUCAAAUCUCAAAAAAAAAAAAAAAAAAAAAGAGGAAAAAAGCUAGGGAUUUCAGUGCCUAAAUUUUAGCCUUGCUUGCCUUUCUGGCAAUCAAGACCUUCGGCAGAUGGAGUGGCAGUUGUUAUAUGUGAAGCUGGUCUUGGUUGUUGCUCGUUGCUCUUAUGUAGCUUGCAGGAGUUUCUUGCCCAGAAGGUGUAAAUAAAGCCCCUUUCAGCAUCAGAUCUCCAUCUGACCUCCAAUUCCAAUUCUUCCACUCCGCAUAUUCUGAGUAUUCAUGUUUAGUCACCCAGGAAAGAAGUACGCAUUGGCAUAAGUUUCAAGGGUUUGGAUGCAGGUAAAGUUUGGCUAUGAAUCUGGUCAAUCCUAACUUGAUGCUUGUCCUUCAGAACUCCAACUAGCUGAGUUAGGCGAAGGCUUCACUUCUUUUGAUAUUAAGUUUCUAUUUACUUGCUUUUCUC